CCGCUCUCUUGUCGAUGGACCAGCCACCCCGUCUGCCACCAAGACCAUCGUCCGUUACUUGUGAUAAUGGCUUACAACGCUGGACGAGGCGUCUCGUUGCACACCAGCUCGCUUCCGCAGCGUCCCUACAGCGCUAUGGAUCGAAGCAGCGCUUACCGACCAGCCAACUUCCACCCGAUCGAUCGUCCGCAGUCCCCCUACAACCAUCUCCCUGGCGGCGUGCCCUCCCGCCUCGACUUUGACCAGCGACGUCCCCUUGCCGACUCGACCGACUACUACCGAUCCAGCCCAGCGCCAGCCUCUCUUCAUCCCUCCAUUUACGACCGCGAGCGUCAGAUCGAGCGGGAGCUGCAGCUCGAGCGCGAAAAGAACCUGGAGCUGGAACGAAUGCGAGACAUGGAGCUCCUGCGUAUCCGAGAACUCGAGCGCGACAAAGAACGAGAGCGGGAUCGUGAGCGUCUUCGCCUCCUCGAGCUGGAGAAAGAGAGGCAGCGCGAGCGCUAUGGCCCGGCGGCCUAUGGCUCUGACUCGCUUCGUCCGGCUGCACCCUAUUCGAUCGGUCACGAUGCCACCAACGGCGCUUCCUCGUUUGGGUACAAGAAGCCCGAUCUGCGAUCCUUUGACCGCCGAAGCGACUACGACAAGCCGCGGUACCCUGGUUCGUCUUAUGCCGGCAGCGAAACUGGCUACAACUAUGCUCGCUCCGAGAGAGACGACGUGCGAUCCGAAUACUCGAGCUAUUCAUCGGCCAUGCCUGCCGGAAUCGGCCGUGACGCUGUCGGCCUCAGCCCCAAGUCGACCUACGGCGACGACGCGCGGUCGGUGAGCAGCCAGUACUCGGAGCGCAGGGUCAGCAAGCCCUCGUAUUCUGCUUAUGGCUAUCCGGAUGAUGCCGGCCGCUACCGCUCCAACCGCGACUCGCUGCCGCUGGGAGCAACCGCCAACGACUACCGGCCCUCGGGUUCCCUGACCAAGGUGGCAGAGUCCUAUCCGGAGACCCCCGACUAUGGCCGCCGGCCCGGUGCACCCUACAAGCACGAUCCCCGAGCAACCGGAGCUGGCCUGGAUUCGUCGCGGCCGCUGUACGAUAGCGCGGCUGCUACUGCUGCCCGUCCGCCCAUCGGCUCGGCUGUGUCGCAGUUCGAGAAGCAGCUUCACCAGGAGCUGAGUUCCCAGGACUCGCUCUCGCGACCGCCGCUACUCUCCGGUCCGGACCUCAAGCCCGGCCACCAGCCGCGAUACCUGAACUUUGCGUCGUCAGGCUCAGGCGCUCCAUCAGCCGCGCUUCCCCUCAACGACACCUCCGGAUACAUGGCCGGCAAACCCAGUAUGCAGAGCCUGCCGCCGCGACCCGUGAGCUCGCAGGGUGUGCGCCGUCCCACAACGCCUUCGUCACGCCAGGCCUUGGCCGCCGCCCUGCCUCGAGCCAUGACGCCCUCUCUGGGUUACAACCUGCGGCCCCAUGCCGCUUCUGGGUCGGUCCUGGCCGAGGCUGGCAGCUUUGCCUCGUUGAACAUUGGAGAGACGACCGAGACGAGCGGCAGCGACAAGGCUUCGGUCUCGAGCGCUCAGGCCAAGAAGGAUACCCAACCCUCUGCGCAGCUUCACCCGAGUCUGCCCUCGUCUCUCAGUCAUCACUCGCGCUUCAUCAAAACGUUCUUGGGCUCUACCGAGGAGGUUUCGUCUUCGAACGUUUCAGUAGUGUCAGGCCAGACCCUCAGCGACGCGACGGUGGCAAGCAGAGACGGCUCAGUCUCCCAGCCUGCCCUGUCAGGCUUGCAAUCCACCCCGGCGAUGACGACCUCGUUCCAAGUCGAGUCCAAGGCUACCCUGCCGCCCACUGCAACCACCCCUAAACCGGACCAGACGCUUUUGCGUUCGACCGAGCAGGGCACCGAGGAGGAACGAGCUGCCGAGACGCCGAAGCUGAUGUCGCAAGCGAACGCUGCCACAACCCAGCCCCAAUCUGCUUACCACUCUACUGCUGCUUCGGUCACACCUGGUGUCUCGGCUUCUGCCUCUGCCUCUGCUACCACCACUACUGCUGCUGCCCCGGCCAGCACGCCGCUGAUCCGAGCCAUCGGCCUGCCCUCCUCGUCCCCCACCGAGACCACGAGCCCGCGGCAACAUUACGACUAUGUUUCGCGCAACCUCAGCAACCUGCUCUCCAUCACCGGUGACAUCAACGACAUUCUCAAGCUGCACGAGAACGACGGCAUUCCCGCAAGCGAGUGCGGUCUCCUCAAGAACAUGUGUGAUGUCCAGCUGGGCACCCUCAACAUGCUCGUGCGUGUGACGGAGCAGUACCGCAGGAACGUGGUGCAGGGUCAGCAGGGUCACUGACGCAAUCAAGCAACAAAUGCCAAGCCUCGGGGUGGUCUUGGAGGCAUC